CCCCAUCUUAAACCCUCUCCGCCGCGUGAUAGCGAGAGGAGGAGGAAGACGAUGGGGAGCCGUCUGGGGCGACGGGUGAUCCACUUCGCGAACUUGCCGAUAAAACUCCUGAUGCCGUCGCCGCCCUUCGACUCCAUCCGCGAGAUCGCCCUCAAGACCAUCCCCUCGGCCACCAAGGUCGAGAUCCGCCGCGUCCUCGAGUCCCUGUACGGAUUCGAAGUCGCCGAGGUCCGCACCCUUAACAUGGAGGGCAAGAAGGUCAAGCGCGGACCCUUCCUCGCCGCCAAGCCCGACUACAAGAAGGCCUACGUCACCCUCCGGUCGCCCCUCUCUCUCUCCCCCGAUCUUUUCCCCGUACCUUUGAUCCAGGAGGAGCGGGAGCGCAUCGCCGCCGCGCAGGCCAAGUCCACGCCCACUGUCGUCGAGGGGGAGGACGGCGGAAAGGCCCGGAGGCACUGGCUCGACGAGCGCCGCGAGGAGGAGGACGCGGGUGGGCGCGUGAGGUACGGCGGUGGCGGUGGGAGGCGGAGGGGUGGUGGUGGUCGUGGGCGUGGAGCGGGGAAGAAGGCCGAGGAGGAAAGCAGGUUCCCCUGGAGCAGCAUGCGCCUGUCGUCAAAGUAGUUUGUUUUCUUUUGCUUUGCUUUGUUUUGAUCAAUAAGGAGUAAAUUCGCACCUUUUUGAAGAUUAGAUUCGAAUUUGUAAGGAAAAUGACUCUUUGUUUCGUUAUGGAUUUGAGAAAUUAUUUUCUGAUCUUGCUGUUUCUUUUUAUGAUACUUGAUGUAUUAUGCAUGGAGCUCUCUAAAUUAUAUUUGUGUUGGG